GCUGCAGUGUGUUCACUUUCAAAGUUACUCAAUCAUGAAUCGCACAACCUAACAAACCAUUUCAAAUCCCCUUUUUUGCUGUCUGCUGUGUUCACUUCACCUUGAGGAGUAUGGCCACACACAUCAGUUCGUGCUUACAGGAGAUUAUCAUCAUGUUUUUGUGUUGCACAGUGUGUAAUACUGACAUUUCCUGUAGAAAUGAAGCUGGGGAGCCCGUUGAUUGGUUUAUCAUCUACAAACUGCCCAGGUAUAAGAUUGGCGAGGUCGGCAGCGGGGUGGAUUACAUGUACCUGGACUCCUCAGUGGGAAGCUGGCAGAUGAGUAAAUUCAUGGUUAACACCAGUCAAGGAGCCUUAGGGAGCACGCUGAGCCAGCUUUACAUGGGAAAGGCCUACAAGUCUAACAGUUCAGUCUACGCACUCUACAAUGAUGCACCACCGAUCCUGGAUUAUAUUCAAGGAUAUGGACACACUAAAGGGGUGCUGCUCUUUGACCACUCUCAAGGCUUCUGGAUAUCACACACCAUUCCCCACUUCCCCUCGUUCCCCGAGAGAGGCUACCUCUACCCGUCCUCCGGCAAAGUCAAUGGCCAGACUGCCCUCUGUGUCACCUACCAGUAUGAACAGUUCUCCCGUAUUGCAAAGCAGAUGGCGUUCCUUUACCCACGUUUCUACAACUGCUCUGUACCUGCUGCAUUCUCGGCCGACCUGCCGCCAUUGGUCCAAUUAUGCGAGGGCACCAAACCGCCGCUGGCCUCGGAUAAGAGAGAGGAGCAGCUUUUCUCAGUCCGAGGGGACAAGUUUGUCAGUUUUGUCAAAUCUGACCACUUUGUGGAUGACAUCUACACAGGCUGGGUGGCUCAGCGCCUGGGUGCCGACCUGCUGGUGGAGACCUGGCAGAGACAAGGUCACAAGCUGCCCUCCAACUGCUCCCUGCCCAAACACGCCAUGAACAUCGCGAGGAUUCAGCUCCCUGGACCAGUCCUGUUCCAGUCCUACCACGACCACUCAAAGUGGUGUGUGUCGCAGGCCAAUGAGGACCAGGUGACCUGCCUGGGGGAUCUGAACAGGGAGAGGGCCCAAAUGUGGCGUGGUGGGGGGCUGGUCUGCUCCUUCAACCCCUUGAUCUACAAGGCCUUCAGACAGGUGGUGGACAAGUACGUAGGCUGUUGAAUGAGACAGAACGAUAGGAUGAUUUGGACUGGAUUAGUGUCACCCGUCAUGCUUUGAAUGUGUUUCAAAUUUAUGGGACUCAUUGUGGAGGUGUGUUCGGGUUAAAGCAGCUGGGAUUAAACUAUCAGACCUGACAACCUGUUUCUGAGCGCCAGUACAUGAUGAAAUGCUACCGUUUUGUAAUUAUAAGAACGUUUACUUCUGUAGUAUGUAUGUAAUCUAAAUGAAGUACUUCUAAUUCUGGAUAGAGUCAAGCUAUAUAAGGUCAGGGACAGUGGUCGCCUAAAGGCUAGAAAAUGAGAUAAAUGUGGGAGGGGAAAGUGAAACAGCAGCCCCUCCAAUGAAAUGACAGUGCCUCUUUACCACCUCAGAUCUGGCCUUUGAGCAAGUCCCUUAACCCCCUGCUCAUCCAGUGGACGUUGCCUAGUAUCCAGUGCAAACCAGACUGGUUGAACUGGUGUGUAUCGGUGUGAGUGUGAGUGGGGAAAAAGAAAGCAGUUCACUCAAAGAAACUGUCCUGAAUGAAAGUGGACGUGGACUCUUUCAACAUCCAAUCUGUGUCUGCUGAGUGUUGUUAUAUUUUACCUGUGGUGGAAUGUUACGAAGCACAUUUACUUAAAUACUGUACUUAAAUACAAAUUCAAGGUACUUGUACUAAGGAAAAUGUUGCAGUUGUUGUACUCGACUAAAUUCAUCUGACAGCUUCAGUUACGAGUUACAAUUUUACAUACCCCUCCUAUCCAGUGGAAACCAUGUAUCUCCAAAUUUGGUGAUUUUGAUUCUGAAUGUGAUAAAAUGAAGGAUUAAGUGUUCCUUUAUGAGUUGAGAAACUUCUAUUAUUUGUUAGGAUAAAUAAACUGUUUAAAAACC